AUGUCGCCCACCUUCGCCAACGCUUCCAUGAACUUCGCCUACUACGGCCUCAUCCCCUUCCUCGAGGGCCACGUCCCGGCGCCUCCUGUCUCCGACGCCCACGCUGUCGCCGAGUGGGAGAAGAACCGCGCCUUCGCUCUCCACGCGCUCCAGUUCUCCGUAUCAUCACCCCUCCAUGAGACCAUCGCCAAGACCUGCGAGCCCUCGCUGGACCCGGUCGACUACCUCCGCGACAUCGAGGAGACUAUCGCGAAGCAAGACGCCGCGCGCACCACCGCCGCCAUGACGACGCAGCUCAUCACCCUGCCCCCGGCCUCCAAGUACACCUGCAAGGAGUUCCUAACCACCUUCUUCUCCCUCCACGAGCAGCUAUCCGACAACGACUGCCACAUCCCGGGCGUGGCGGCCCUGAGCAUCGCCAUCAACGCCAUCAAGGAGAAGAGCCCCGAGUAUUCCGCCAUCCUGCAGAAGCGACUCGACAUGGGCUGGCUGGAUUGGGAAGAUUUCAAGAAGGCCAUCCUCUCGGGACAGAAACUGACUCCUCGCACCCCUCAUCCUGGUCCUAUGUGGGAUGUUCCCACUGCGAUCUAUGUUUGCUCUCCUCCUUCCACGCCGUCGCCCGAGCAGCGACAGCGACAGCGACAGCGACAAGUGAGCCCUGAGAAGCACCAUUCGCCAUACAGACAGGAGGUCCCUCAAACGCCGGUCGAAUACUACCUAAGCCCCGAGCUAUCCCCAGUCAGCGUUGAAGGCUAUGGAGAGGAGGGGCAGAUCAAAGAGUACGACUCCGAUUCCGAUUCCGAUAUUGGUGAAGUCGUCCAGCUACCGGUACACUCGGCCAUGCGCCGAAGCCCAGGAUCUUUCUCGCCGUUGCACCCCGAGUCGAAUGAGUUCUGGUGCCCCAAGGAAUCGCCGCGCCAGCCAUGGUCGUCGACCUAUAGCCAGUACCGCGACUUCAGCGAGACCAAGACUAUCGACGUCACCAACAAGGCCACCGACACCAUCACCAACUCCCCGGCCCCCGUCGUCGAAGAGAAGCCAUACGAUUGCAUGGCAUCAGAAUGGGCCCUAUACGACUAG